UUAUAAAUAUUUGACUUUACUGUGGCAGGUAUCAUAACAUGUGCAAUAUACUGCAUAAUAAACACGGUUUAGAGAAGGGGUGUGUCUUUACCCCUCCUACACCGUCAAACUGCAACACUGGAAACUGAAAGAAAAAUGAAGAACAGCAUGCGUGAAUGAAUGCUUCAGUUAUUUCUGGAACAAGACGCAGUGACAGAACCAUGGAUUUUACAGCACAGCACACAGAGAAAAAAAGCAUUGAAGAAAAUCCUUACCAAUUCUGGUAUAGCAGGGACUAUAAACAUAUUGGAAAAUGUCUCAUUAUCAACAACGAAAAUUUCUUUGUGAUGAACCCCAGAAUUGGUACAAAGGAAGAUGAGAGGCUGCUGAGACACAGCUUUGCAUCCCUGGGUUUCACUCUUCAGGUAGAGAGAGAUCUGUCAGCUGACAGCAUGCUUCAGGUUCUCCAAGCAGUAUCAGCAGAGGAUCAUGGAGAGAGGGCCUGCUUUGUGUGUGUGCUACUCAGCCAUGGGCAAAAAGGUACCAUUUUCGGAACGGACAGAGAAAUUCCUCUAAGGAGGCUGACCUCUCUCUUCACUGCAACGAGGUGCCCCAGCCUGGAAGGGAAGCCCAAACUCUUCUUCAUCCAGGCCUGCAGGGGACACGAGUAUGACUCAGGUAUCGAGACUGACUCUAAAGAAGAGGAAGAAGACGAAAAAUCCAUAGAAAUGUCUGAGAUUCCAGAAAGGGAUUUCCUGUGUGGCCACUCCACAACUUCAGGCUAUUACUCAUGGAGGAACCCCUCACGUGGCUCAAUUUAUAUCAGAACUCUGUGUGAAAUGCUGACACAGCACAGAAGUCUUGAAAUAACAAAGAUUCUGACCAGGGUCAACCACAAGGUGGCGCUGGAGUUUGAGUCAGGAACCUUUGAGUGGCGUACUGAUAGGAAAAAACAGAUGCCCUGCAUUAUCUCCAUGCUUACUAAAGAACUGUUCUUCACACCAUGA